AUGGAUACGUUGUCUGUAACUGAAUUCCUUAGAAGCUUUGUGAGUAACUCCUGGUUGGAAGAUGAGCUGGAAGGAACAAGUCGUCAGUUAGCUGGCACGGAGUCACAGGCAUCUGGAGCAUCUGGAACAUCUGGAGCAACUCAAGCAGAAGAUGAGGAUAACAAGACAGAUAUUACACCGAUAGAAGCGUUCAAUGCAGUUAAUGUUGAAGGAGAAAGCCUUCUCGCUGAUAUGCACUCUGCUGCAAUGGUAUUCCCAAAUACAUUCGACAAGUGCCUUAAUAAUAUGGAAAUGAAUCGAAUCCCUCAUCUCUAUUGUUUUGAUCACACUCGUGUUGAAUUGACUCCAACGAAGACAACUGGCGACUAUUAUCACGCUUCUUUUGUUGAUGGAUACAACAAGAAAUCUGCUUAUAUCUUUGCUCAAGCCCCGUUUGAUGACAUCACAAAUCAAACUUUUUGGGUUAUGGUUGGUGAAACAAAGCCUUCAAUGAUUCUUGUGUUCGGAGAUAUCGACGAGAAACAGAAACAAAAAAUGCCGUAUGACAUCUCGGAAAAAGCAUUCGAAAAAGCAUUUCUUCAAGAAUUUGGUGCAAAGAAAUUGGAUGAAGCAGAGAUGAAAGCAAAGAUUAAUAGUACUUUUUGGCCGGAGAAAGGAGCAAAAAAGGAGUUUGAUUCAUUGAAAAUUGAAACAAAAGAUGAACAUUCGGAGACUCAUAUGAAGACAUUCAACCUGUCCAUUAAUCAAAAUAAACAAGAAAGUCAGACGGUUUUAAUGCAUUUUUAUGAAUGGGCGGACUCGAAUGAAUUACCAGAAUAUAUGAUGGAUAUGAGAUCUUCUAUCAAAGUUCAAUAUAUUCGAAGUUCUAAGAAAUCUGGUUCAAACACAGGUCCAAUCAUGCUUGUCUGUGCAACUGGAGUUACUAAAUGUGCAAUUUAUGCAACAAUUGAUAUCAUUGUGAGCAGAAUGACUGAAGAGCAUACAGUUGGAUUCAAAGAGACAAUGUCUGCUAUUAAAUCUCAAAGAUUCGGAUGUUUUCAUACUCCAGCACCCUAUUUGACUGCUCGUGAAAUGCUUAUGAAAUUUGCGGUUAGCACUGGUGUUGUUCAUGAUACAGCGAUUGGAGAUAAACCGAAGGCACAAAAGUCGAAACUCAAUGUUGUGAAGGCAUCGAAAAGUGGAUUUAUGAGAAAGAAGAAAACUGGCGGAAAGUGA